AUUAGUAUUCAUAAGUCUUUUAAUCGUACCGGAGUUAAGUUCACUGAAUUUUCUGUGUCAAUUCUCGAUAAUUAAGAUAUCCCAAGGAUAACAUGGUUAUCAAUAACUCGGAAAACUUCCCACCCGGUGCGAAUCUAAAAUUGGUAGGUAUCUCUCAACUUGCCAAAAAGGACUCACCAACCCAAAAAAAGAAUCUACGCGAAGGUCUCAAAGCAAUUUACUAUGAAUAUUGUUCAAAUACCUCGGUGCAUGGUAUCCAAUAUCUGGGACAAAACCGCCCACGGAAAGAGAUAUUUUUCUGGUUGUGCAUCUUUAUUCUAUCGAUUUUCUAUUGUUCACAAAUCAUUGCCAAAGUCUAUCAGAAAUGGAAUGAUACUCCAGUCAUUGUUAGCUUUUCGGAACAUUCAACACCCGUAUCGGAUAUACCGUUUCCAGCGAUUACCAUUUGCCCGGAAAUAAGAAGAAGAGCACCAAAAGAUGGUCCAAGUUUCAGUUUGCUGUUGAAAAAUUUAACACUGGAUUCGGAAAUUUCGCAAAAUCUAACCAAAAGCCAACUUGGGGAAUUUCUCACCCUGCUGCAGACAUGUAGCACCGAUGUAUAUACCUCGAAAAUUCCCAAAUUAUCAAAUGAAUCUUUUGAUUAUAUUCGAAUCAUAGACGACAUGGCCAUCGAUAUCAAGGAACAAGCCAUGGCCUGCGAAUGGCUUGGCAUUGAAGGAGGUUGUACAGAUCUGUUUACCCGAACCUAUACCGAUCAUGGUCUAUGUUAUACAUUUAAUGGUUUCAAUGGCACUGAUUUAUAUCGCGAAAAUACCACGCAAUAUCGUCUGAUGGGCCUUGAGAGCACUGCUACGGAAACUUCUGAGAAACGUUUGAACCGUACCCUAAAUUGGUCACUCGAAGAGGGUUAUCCCAAAAAUGCUCCACUCAAAACAUAUCCCGCUCGGGUUGUAAGUGCCAGUACAACGGCUUCCAUUGAGAUAGCAUUGAGGAUACUCACCGACAAUACAGAUUACACUUGUAGUGCCGGCACCGAGGGUUAUAAAAUUGUUCUUCACACACCGUCCGAUGUCGCCUCACUGUCCAAACGUUUUGUACGAAUAUCACCGCGUAAAGAAGUCUCGAUUGCCGUUAAACCCGUCAUGCUGACCACAUCGGAAGGUGUCGCCAAUUAUUCGCCCGAUAAACGGAGAUGUUACAUGAAUGGCGAACGUUAUUUAAAAUUUUUCAAAAUCUAUAGCGAACGUAACUGUGAAAUGGAAUGUCUUACCAAUUUUACCCUCAAAGAAUGUGGUUGUGUGAAAUUCUCCAUGCCACGCACCUACGAUAUGCCGCUAUGUGCAGAGGAUAAAAUCACCUGUUAUACUGAGGCGGAAGAUAAAAUGUUAUUGGAAUAUUUCGGUGACCGCGAUAAGGAUCCUUGUAAAUGUAUGCCAUCUUGCACAUCGCUGGACUACGAUGUGGAAAUAUCCCAAUCGGAUUUUAAUGAACAACAAAUUUUCUCAGCUUUUGGAUUAGCCGACCGGGAAGCAACAAAGUGGUCCCUUUUAAUGAUACACUUUAAGGGCAAUGAAUUUAUAACAUCCAAACGUUCGGAACUAUACGGUUUUGCUGAUUUCCUAGCAAAUUGUGGUGGUAUUUUGGGACUUUUUAUGGGUUUCUCCAUAUUGAGUUUAAUCGAAUUUUUUUAUCACCUGACGUUACGUCUGUGGUCGAAUAUGUCAAGUAAUGAUUGAUUUUUAUGUAAACCUUGAUAAAAUUAAGAAGGUAAAGCAAUUUCAAAUAAAAAUAUCCAUCUCUGCA